CUGAGAUCAGGAUCUCUCCGUUCCUCUCGUCCUUCCUCAGUCAAGAUCUGGGGCUGGAAAAGAGAUCCUCAAAUAGACCAGAGGGAUCCUCCUGCUAGAGCUGCCGCUGGAAACAGAGAGGAAUCCUAGUGGAUUUAAAAGAGGCCGUCGCUGCUCAAGGUGAAUCCAAGACAGCAUUGGGGAGCCACACCAUCAGACAGCUCCUCCUCCCACCCCCGUCACCAAUGGCUCAGAGAAACAAGAAAGUGGCUUCCAAAACCAGUCGCUCCAGAAAAAAUCCCGCAGAGACGCCAGUUGUUAUGGGGCCUAAUAUGGACUCUUUAGGUUUCCAGGCCAUGGACAGCAACGUUCCAGGCUUAUCCCGUGUCAUCCUACAGAAACUCAACAUGAAGAGCUGCGAUGAGUACAGGACUGUGAUGGAGGGCAAGAAACUGUAUGCAGAUUUUGGCAUCCGAUCCUAUUUCGAGAUGUUCCAGAAACUGGAAGACACGUUCAAAUUCUGCGCUGAGUGCAAAAAACUCCCAGAAUCUAUGCCUGAUCCAAAAAGCCUACGGCGCUGCAAAAGAUGUCAGAAUGUCUACUACUGUGGCUCCGAGUGUCAGCGGGCCAACUGGCCCUUACACAAGAAGUUCUGCAAAAAGCUGAAGCUCGUGGCCCUUGACCGACUUGUGGAAUGGCUUGUAUUCACAGGUGACAUCCCUUUCCCCACCAGUCCCUGGACAAAAGGUAUCCAGGAGGUGAGCAGCUGGGAGGAUUGGUGGUCCAUGCAGGAGGGGCUGGAUGGAAAGCUCCACUCCAUCAUGACCGGGCGCUACAUGAAUCUCCUCUGGGCGAACGCUGGGAAACCAAAGCCAGAGGAGGCGGAAUUGCUGGAGUCCGUCAAGAGAGUGACAACGGACUUUGUGUCCCGGCCUGCCACCAUCGGCCUGGGCCUGUGCGUGUUUCGGAUCGAUCCUUACGCCAAGCCAAUCACGGUGCAUGUGGUCGGGGCUUCUCACGUGGAGACUCUCAACGCACGAGUGACGGAUUACGACGAGGUGUCUUGCAUGUUCCCCAAGCACCAGGGCAUCGAGGUGGUGAUGGUCGGCGUUGAUGUGGUGGACGGACCUAUCAUGAGGCCUCCGCUGGUGGCCUUUGGACCCCGGGGAAGGGUCUACCUCAGCAGUUACAAAGCCCUUUAUCAUGACUUCUGGGAAUCGCAGGUGGAAACGCAGCAGGCGGCCCGCCCUGACCUCGUGGUCGGCUUCCACCCAGGGUUCCAUGCCUGUCCUGAAUUGAUGGAGAGCUGGCUGCCUACCAUCCUACUCCUAAGAGACUAUAAGAUCCCCUCAAUGUUCACCAUGUACAGUGAGCAGGAAAUGAAGAAUUCCCUGAAGAUCUUGAUGGAGCUGGAGACCCAGAUCGUGGGCUGUGGGGCCAACCCCUUUGCUUCCCUCAAACCGGAGCAAGCUUACACCAAUCCCAACAAAUCUCCCGUCUACUGCAACUCCCAUUACGUUGUGUUCCAUGGGCUUGUGGAGCCUGGGGAUGGAAUGGAUGUUGGAGAGAUGGAGGGAGAAGAGCAAGACGAGCAGAAUUAAAAGCUUUAUAUGGAAGGAACUGGAAAUUUGCAGUGACCCUAACAGGUGUCAUUUCUUCCUGCCCAAAGACUGAAGAAAGUCAAUGGGCCUGGUUUGUCCAUGCUUAUUCUUAAAAGAUGCUUUUCUCUUUUAAGAAGGACUUGGAUGAGCCCAUUGUGACUUGCCUUGUCCUUGAAUGCUCCCAUCGGACAAUAUUUCAAACUCAUUUUGAUUCCUGUGCCUAUCUAUAGGUCUUCCUCCCUGUCCAGCAUGCGUUGGGCUGGGCUAGAGGUUCUCAAACCCGGGUCCCCAGACGCUAUUGGACUGCAACUCCCAGAAAUCCUGACCAACACAGUUCAUGGUGAAGGC